AUACCAAACUUUUUUUUUUUUUUUUUUUUAAACCAAUAAAGGCCGAGAAGAAGAAGUCUUGUAUGAGUGGAGCUGUGUGUUAGCAGUGUCUAUAUUUCAGCGUCAGUGUGCAUUCCAGUUGAGAAUCUUUGUUCUGAGGGAAAUUCCUGCGGAUUGCAUCAUGAGCACGUUAUGGAUGGGGAACCUUGAGACUUACAUGGAUGAGAAGUUCAUCACCAGAGCCUUUUCCACAAUGGGGGAACAGGUGGUGAAUGUGCGAAUCAUUCGGAACAAGAUGACCGGGGGGGCUUUGGGUUACUGUUUUGUAGAGAUGUCGGAUGAGGCCACUGCUGAAAGAUGUCUGCGCAAAGUAAAUGGGAAAUCCAUGCCUGGAGCCAGUCCGCCUACAAGAUUUAAGUUGAACAGAGCCACAUUUGGGAAACAGGAGGCUGGUCAGAUGUUUUCUCUAUUUGUGGGAGACCUGACUCCAGAGGUGGAUGAUGGGAUGCUUUAUGAGUUCUUUUAUAACCGUUACCCGUCCUGCCGUGGUGGGAAAGUGGUCCUUGACAGCAUGGGGAACUCUAAGGGCUGUGGCUUUGUUCAGUUCCCAGAUGAGCGGCUUCAGAAGCGGGCAUUGGAUGAGUGUCAGGGUGCUGUGGGACUCGGGGGCAAACCUCUGAGGCUAAGCCUGGCUGCUAAUAACUUAAGAAACAAGCUGCAGCAACAGCAGUCAGAAAGCAAACAGUCAUGGCAGUCCAGCUCAGGAUACAGAUAUGGCUACGACCAGUAUGACCAGUACCAGCAGCAAGCGUAUCCAGGGUAUUACUCCUCAUGGGGGUAUGAUCAGACUGCAGGAAUGUAUGGUUACACUUAUCCUCAGUAUGAUUACUCACAGUAUGCCCAAGUACAGGAAAGUGAAGCAGUUCCAGAGGAAGAAGCAGUUGAAGAUCCCAGCCUGGUGGUGGACGUAGUGGAGACUAACAGAAGCUUUAUUGACCUCAGUGAAGAACUGUACGAUGCCAUCAUUGACUGCCACUGGCAGCCUCCAGAGUUCUCUGCAGAACAAGACUAUAUUGUUUCAAACCUGCCUGACCCCAUUUCUAUCUAAAAGACAUUGUUUUCAAUUCCUUUUUGUUUUAUUUUCUAGAACACUGAGGAAACAAAUAGAUUUUUAUUCAUAAAAGGUCUGAGUUGAGCGAAAUCUCCAAAGUUCAGUAGAUUAGCUUAAUCUCACCAGUCACCAUCUCUGCAUUUUAUUGAACACAUUCAGGAGGCUAAACAAUAGGUAUAAAGUCUGAGCAAAAGAAUGAUUACAUGUUGGGAAUUGAGUUUGUGAAUUGUGAACAUACAUUUGCUAUAGUAUGUCACCAAUAUUAAUGCAAUAAAUUACAGAACUGAAA